GAAAUAAAAAGCAUUGUUAUUUUUAUAGAUGAGAUGUGCGUCCAUGGGAGGAUUCCUGUGUAAUGUGGAUGAAGCUCAUGAAAAUACAUACGUCAGGCAUCACCUGGCUAUGUAUGGAGUGUCCCCCGGAGCCUGGAUGUCCCUGAACGACUGUCUCUACCCUAACGCUCACAGAUGGAGCUGGGGAUUCACAAAGAGGAGAUGUCACAAGUUUGACUGGUAUGGUAGUGAGCCCGUGUACCAUAAAGAAGGGGACUGGAACUGUGGAGUUUUCUGGCAGCAUUACAAAUACCACUGGCAUGUGGAUAGCUGUUCUCAUAAGAACUACUAUGUCUGUGAGAUGAAACUGGGAAAACCUUGCAAGUGCCAAUACUAGAUGUUAGAUAUUACGUCAAUAAAACAAAUAAAUUCAUUUC